UGACCACUAGGUCACCACCUCUCUUAUUAUAAUAAUAUUAUUAUUAUGUUCACCAUCAUGUUCAUAUUAUCAUAUACAUUGAGAAUUGAGAAUUGAGAAUUGAGAAUUGAGAAUUGAGAUUGAGUGAUGGAUUAUAAAUUAUUUUGAUUAUUAUUAUAUAAUAGCGUCACCCACCUCUCACUUUGCUCUCUCUCCCUCAUAUCAUAUCUACACUUUAAACUAAUUUUAGAUAGAGAGAGAGAAAUUACAAAAUUAAAGUGGACAGAUAGAAGAAGCAGCGCGCGGCAAGAACAAUGGAAGGUGUCUCUACAAGCAUGUACAAAGGGUUGAGAGGCUACUGGCGGAGGAGAGGCUACGAGAAGCUAAGUGGGUCGGGUGGACUGACAGAGCUGCGUUCGGGCGGCAAAAGGCGUGCUCGGCGAAUCCGAAUCAAAAUAAAAAUGGGUCGGAAGCUGAAGCUGAGCUUCCUCAGAAUCAGAAGAAUGCCUUCGCCCAAGAAGUUGUUGGUUUGGCUCCGAGACGCCUAUGUCAAACUGAUGCUGGGAUUCGCUAACUCGGGGAUGUUUAGUACCGGCUACGGUGGGCCCAUGUGCGACUACGGCACCGGUUCCUUCGGGAAGGGCCCACUUAAGGAGUAUGAUGAGAAGAUGAUUGUCGAGAUCUACAAGUCCCUGAUGCUGGCGCAAGGCCGCGACGCAGCCAAGUUUGGCUCAGAAAUCGUUAGCCGACGGUGAAUCCCGAAGAUAAUAAUCACAUCACACACGCACGCACGCACGCACGCACGCACGCAGAAAAAAUGAAAGAUAAAAAUGCUGUGUUUUCCGUUGUAAGUUAAGAUUUUAGUAAUCUAUUCUCUUGCUGUAAUGGGGGGUAGAUUGGCAAUAAGGUGAUAGAACGUGUCAUCCUAACGAAUUCGUUGCUGGAGCCUGGUGGCGGUGGUGAUAGAUUAUUAAUAAUUAUUAUUAUUAUUUUGUUGAUGAAUGAAGCAAAUAAAUAAGCAUCUUUCCAAGUAAAAA